UUGAAUCGGUUCUAGUCGCACAUUAGAUUUACGGAAAUCGAAAACUUAGUUUUAAAUGAAAGGAUGUAAACUCGUUGUUUGUUACAAAAGCGCCUUCAAAAUUAAUUGAAAACAAAAGCAAUUCACCAGCUAGAAGUUUUUUUCUUCUGUUUUGUUAUUGUUAUUGUGUGUGCAUGUGUAUAUUCUAAGCGAUAGAAAAUGAUAUCAUCACUGCUGAGCUUUCUUUUCAAAGUGUUUUUGUUUAUCUAUCGUGUGAUCAGAUUAAUCUAUAAUUUGGCGAGUGCCACCAGUUUGGGAUUUGUAUUAAUUAUUGGAAUUUUAGUGUUUGCAUUGAGUCGAUAUUUUCGAUUGAAACAACCGAAUUUACCAAAAAAUUUAAUCGAUGCCAUUGGCAGUAAUCAUCAACAUAUCGACAGACAAUGUUCAACGGGACAACAAAACCUACGAUGCGAUUCAAGUGACACGAUUUCAUGGUGGCCCAUCGCUAAUCGUGCUGCUUGUUUAGAUUGUAUUGAAAAUUCACGUUCCGCUAUUGAAAAUUGUGUCGCACAAUCGUGUACCAACAUCUUAUUGGAUGUGAAUAUAACCAAAUGCGGCCAAUUGGUAAUUUUACAUGAGAAAACAUUACACAGGCUUGAUAACAGCUUACCAAAUGGAUCCACAGAUCAUAAGCCUCAAUUAUCAUUUUCCAAGAUUAAUUCAUUGAAAUUUGAUGAUUUAAAAUCAAUGAACAUCGCAAAAAAUCAUCCAUUAUGUGAAAAACAACCAAAUGAAUCGAUACUACAAUUCAAUGACCUCAUGCACUUGCUCGAUAUGCAUGAAAAAAUUAACAUUUUUCUCUUAAUGGGCUCAACAAACCAGCAAAUCGUUUCGAAUAUUUCACGAUAUUUCGAAAAUAAUCCGGAACGUUUUAAGCGAAUCAUCGUCUGCAGCCGGUCUCCAAAGGCCAUUUUUCAGUUGCGGAAACAACAUCCCCAAUUUAUUUGCGCCCUUUGGUUGGACAAAGUUACAAAAGUAAAUCUUCCGUCGAUAUUGCUGAAUUCACCGUUCUUUUCAUUUCUGUACGGACUGCUGUAUCGCAACAUAAUCGCUGUGUUGACGGGCAUUAGUGCAGUUUUUAUCAACAAACAUGAUUUUAAUGAACACAUCGGUCAAAUGUGGCGCCAAUCAAAUAUACAACCAAUAGUCUACACAUUGAAUUCACCAAAUGAAAAACGUUACUUUCAACAUACACUUCGCACUCAAUAUCUAACCGAUUCGUUGCGUUCGGAACCAUCGAACUUUGUCAAAAUCAAAAAGUGAAUCAAAUUACCGCUAUGGCCCUUUUGAUAGACAAAUCGAAUUGAAUUCAUACAACAAUCCCUACGAAAAUUGCACUUGUUCAACAGACACAUCUAAAAAAAAUAGAAUAAUACAUUUAACAAAAAGAAGCCUUUGCCACAGAUCUUGCUCAUCGUCAAUUUAAUUAUAACAAUAGAUCUACAAAAAAAACAGCGACCAAUUCAUCUAACAUACAAAAUGCAGCUAUAAAUGGGAAACUCUAAGCAUAUAACAUAUAUAUAUUUUGCUACAAAAAACACAAUUCGUUAAGUUCAAUGUUUCAGACUGAAACCGUGUUGGGCGUUUUUGCAGCUAGUCAUUUCGGUUUCAAAUUUACUUUGUAAAAUAAACAACGUAUUUAAUACACAUUCGUAGAUAUUUAAGUUUUUUUUUUUAAACUAAAUAGCAAAAGGCGGCACAGAAGAAAUGUAAGAAGAGUACAUGAAAAUUGUAUAAAAUUUCGCUAUCGAGUAAAUAAAAAU